AGAGCGACUCUAUCAAAGUCAUCCAAGGAGCGUGUGCGCACCGCUCCAUCUACCCAAGUCCUGUUCACUUCGCGCACAUGGCACACUACCACUAUACCACCACUACCACUCUGUUCCUGUCUGACACCACACGGUCACAGAGCAGCAGUGAUGUUCUGCGCCCUGCUGUGCUGUGUUGUGUGGUGUGUUGGAUGUGGGCUGGCUGAGUGACGCCCCAGUAGGAGUGGGACUGUGCGCUGUAAUAAAGAGGCAGCGGCGGCUGAGAGCGCAGACCAGCUCCACCACAACACCACCAAGCCACACCACCACCACACCGCCGUGCCUUCUCAUCAGCCCCGGCUGCUCUCUCUGAGCUCACACCGGAGCAGCGGAGGAACAUGCUGCCGCUCCGGCCGUCUCAUUAACUCAUCCGCGCCGAUAAACAAGGCUGCUCAGUGGGCUUCCAUCUCCUCAACCUCCGGCAGGCAGGACCCCCCGAGCUGCUGUACAGGGAGAACAUUUGACUGACGGCCUGUUGGAUUCUGUGUAGCAGCCAUGGGCAGCAAGACUCUGCCAGCACCGGUCCCUCUCCACCCAUCCCUCCAGCUGGCUAACUACGCCCUCCUCCAGAGCUCCACGGGCCUCCAGCUGCCAUCGGAUCAUUUUCACAGCAUCUACAGCUUCAGUGCCCUACACGCCAUCCACCUCCACCAGUGGACCCUUGGCUACCCACCUAUGGCCCUGCCCCGCUGCACCAUCUCCAAGCUGCCUGCCCAGUUCUCCUCCAUGGCCUCCUUCCCCAUGUUCCCUCACCUCCUGCAGCCCAAGCACGACUCAGAGGGGUUGCUGCUGCAGAGCUCCAAGAACAAGCCCCGCUUUGACUUUGCCAACCUGGCAGCAGCAGCCACCCAGGAAGAUCACCUGAAGGCGGAAGACCUGAGCAUGGCGGGUGCUGCCGCCGCCGCAGCAGCAGCACAGAAUUCAUCUCACCACCCGACUUCAGCCGGCCUGGGAUGCCUCCUGGAUGUGACCAAACUCUCCUCGCCGGAGCGCAAGUCAAACCGAGGCCGACUGCCCUCCAAGACCAAGAAAGAGUUUGUCUGCAAAUUCUGUGGCCGUCAUUUCACCAAAUCCUACAACCUUUUGAUCCACGAGAGGACGCACACGGAUGAGAGGCCAUAUACCUGCGAUAUCUGCCACAAGGCCUUCAGAAGACAGGACCACCUCCGGGACCACAGGUACAUUCAUUCCAAAGAAAAGCCCUUCAAGUGUCAGGAGUGUGGGAAGGGCUUCUGUCAGUCCAGGACUCUGGCUGUCCACAAAACAUUACACAUGCAGGUCAAGGAACUAAAGCCAGCCAAGAUCAAGUGAUUCGCUCUGCCAGCAAGGAAGGGACGGGGACACUGGAAAAAAACACGACCAAAGACAACAACAGUCAAAGAACAACCAAAGACUUCUUCAUCUCAGCUGUUGGAGGCAGAGCGCUCUGCUUCUGUGGGAAUACUCCUCAAGGAUGAACUAUUUCACCACUUCACCAGCCAGUUCUUAAAGGAAAAAAUGCAGAAUUGCUGUAAGCCUUAGUGAAGUGUAUGCUUAGAUAUCAAAGCCUGACUUGGCAGUGGAUGUGUGGAAUGUGAAAAAAAAAAAAAAAAGCCCUUGUGGCUGCUCAGUGCAAAUACUUUGCUCAGAAGUUUCUAAUCCAAAGUCUAUAAAAGGGACACAACUCUUAUGCAAUUUUUUUUCACGAAAACUGAGAAUGAUCAAAGUCAUGUUAACACAUUUUCCUCCUUUUCAAUAUCCAACACGUUCUCAUCCCAACUCGUCGCAUACUGAAGCUUUGUCGGACCCCUUGGCGUCAGUUUUCUCUGACGGUAAACACAUGCUUAAUCUUGUGAAUUA